GUUACAAUUAACCAGCAUAUAACAUCAUAUAAACAUUUACAUUAUGUAUAUGGGUUUUCUUUAUAUUUUGGUGUCGGUGACAGUACAGUUUUAUACGAACGUUGAUAAAGGUUUCAGUCCGGAAAAUCAAAUGAUAACCAGGAAAUAUUACUAAAUAUAGAAUUCCAGGAUGUCUGUAUCAGGUGACAUGGAUCUAACAUUAGGAUAACAUUACUCUCUGUCUGACGACAAUGAUGUACUGGGUGUGGACAUUUAUAUUUCUCUCUGUGACGUACAGCCGGGGGACGGGCGCCUGUCCAGACAAGUGUAGCUGUGGGACUACGUCUUCCUGUAAUGGGACUUACGUAAAUUGUAGAUUUAGAGGACUGACCACAGUACCAACCAACAUCCCCAAGGACACCUGUGCAUUACUUCUGUCGGGUAACCAAUUAACAACGAUAGAAAAUGGUGCUUUUGAGGGUCUGUCAAAUCUACAGACACUAGUUCUGUAUAGUAACCAAUUAACAACGAUAGAAAAUGGUGCUUUUGAGGGUCUGUCAAAUCUACAGACAAUAUAUCUGAAUGAUAACCAAUUAACAACGAUAGAAAAUGGUGCUUUUGAGGGUCUGUCAAAUCUACAGACACUAUAUCUGUUUGAUAACCAAUUAACAACGAUAGAAAAUGGUGCUUUUGAGGGUCUGUCAAAUCUACAGACACUACAUCUGUAUGGUAACCAAUUAACAACGAUAGAAAAUGGUGCUUUUGAGGGUCUGUCAAAUCUACAGACAAUACUUCUGUCGGUUAACCAAUUAACAACGAUAGAAAAUGGUGCUUUUGAGGGUCUGUCAAAUCUACAGACACUAUAUCUGAAUAGUAACCAAUUAACAACGAUAGAAAAUGGUGCUUUUGAGGGUUUGACAAAUCUACAGACACUUGUAAUUGAAAACAAUCCUCUUCACUGUGAUUGUCAGCUAGUCCCCUUCCUCAGUUUCGCCAAAUCAAGAAGCUUGGGAUUAGGAUUGCUCUAUGAGCCAACCUGUCACACCCCCGAUAAUCUGAGAGGAACACAGCUUAAGAACUUACAACUUCAAGAAAUGUCGAGGAACUGUGGUUUGGAUUUCACUACAGUUACUCCUGGUACUACAGAGCUUGCUAUAGUAUCUACAGAAGUGAUGCUACCUAGUAAUGCAGACUCGACAACAACUACUAGAGUGACUCCACACAAUGAUGUGAUCUCUACAACAAUGGUGAUCCCUGGUAUAUAUAGGCGGACAACAUUUACUAAAUUUUCUUGGAUUGUUAAGUAGUAACACGUACAAUAACAUUUGUAAAGCAAUGUAUUAAAUGCAUGAAUCGUGAUCAUAUCUAGAGUACCGCGCAUUCUCUAAUCAUAUAUUCGUUUCGUGCAUUCACGACGUUAAGUUGAUCACUGAUGAUGUUUAAUGGAAAUAUUAAGAUACACAAAGUACUAUACAGUUUAUUCACAAAUGGAAAAUUAAGAUUCUGUUGUUAGCAGUAAUAUUUCAUUUCCAUCAUCGUUGUUCAUUAUCAGAUAUCAAACAUUGGCUCUCCUACAACUUUCAACAUUAUUGAAUAUUGUUUAUUGAACUGAAACAUAUAAAAGUUAGGUCGAUAUUUGCAUGCCCCCACAAGAUUAAAUGCUACAAAUGUCGAUAUUGUAACGAUAUAAAAGAAUACUGUCAUAACAAUGAAUAACACAUCAAUUGUAUCCAACGUGAAUAUCAUAUCGUUACGAUAUUGACAUAUCUUGGAACUUCAGUCAGUCAACUUGAUACAUCAAUUCUUUGUUGAUAUCAGUACAAUACUAUUGAUAUUAGGAAAUGUAUAUAAUAUAAUAUUGAUACGUUUCUAAUUAUUGGCUAAUCUAGUUUUGUCGAUAUGGAAAUUGACAUUCAAUGUGUUGGAUAUAUAAACGUACGAAUAAACAAAUAAAAAGGCAAGAUAUGAUAGGAAGACAGGGAUGCGUGUAUCAGAAUUCUGAAAUCAGAUAUGGUACCAACCAUCUACUGCUUCCUGUAAAACAAAGUGAGAUUUACAUCGCUGCAGUGAACACGGGUAAGUAAAUAAACAAUAAUGUGUUACCAAUACAAUAUGUAAACUUAGUUCACUUAAUUAGUACAUGUAGCUUAGCAUACAAUUUAUAUUUCGUAUUCAUUCGGUAAACGCGCACGCGUGAUUUAUACGUGAUUUUGUGGAUGGAGUAAUGCGGGUCAGCAUGUCUAUAUUGCGGGCAUGGAUGAUAUAACUUUAGCAAGAUUGAAGUCUUGCAACCUCAUAUUUUUGAUACCAUUACAAUAAUGUUGGUAUCAGCAAGCUUCUUCAUCAAAGACUGACAUACCAUAUACUGUCGAUAAAGGCUAAUCAAUAUGAUACAAUGUUUGGACAUAUGUGAGUAUGGAGUGUAAGAACGAUGCAUGAUAAAACACUGUUUGACAUUAACCUCAUAUGAGAAUAUGAAAUAUUUGACAGCGUCAUCAUUGUUCUAAAGCUCAAUAUGGUAAUACCCAUUAGUUGUCAGUGUUACUACUGUUGAUACCGUUUGACAUCAAUCAAUAAUUUUUUUCUGAUAUCAAAUGAUGAUUGUAUUCCUACAGUAAAUGUGAACAAGUAAGUAUUUUACAUUGUUAGAAGAAAUCAUGAAAAUGGUCAAUUUAUGGAUUAAACGCGCUUGUGUAGUUUAUAUAUAUCUACAUAUUUGUUUGUUACUGUAAUCGAAUGAGUAUUGACAACAAACGUUCGCGGAAACUGAGAGAGGGUGAGGUGUCCUAGGAUGAAUUUAGAGUUACCAAGCCUUGAGUUGAUGACGCAGUGCUCGAGGUUUGAGUGGAAGACAUUUGGUGCUUCUGUUUACAUUUUGUUUCUUUCAUUUGAUAAAAGAAUAUUAGUUCUUAAGUUCAAUUCAAAUUUUAGAGAAAGAGAGAGAGAAAAAAAUUCAAUUCUUUAUGCUUAUGUUCAAAACAGUUCAAAUUAAAUGUAUUGCAUUAUCUUAUAAAUAACAUUUUUAUAGUUUAGUUUUACAGUCUAUAAUCUGCAUCAAAUCAAUACAUCGGAUGUUGGCUGUAAUGUAAGUAUCGAUACCGAUCCCCAGGACCGGAAGUUCUGGACGCUUAGGUAAAUACUACGUAAAUAAUCGUAUGGUUACUAAUAACAUGUUCGAUGACACUGGUAUCAGUUCAUAGUUUGAUUUAAUUGUUUGUGAAUAUUGAAUAAACGUAGAAGGGGGAUAUUUAAUAUUCUAUUUGAAAAAGAAACAAAUUAUCAAAUGUCUAUUUAUAUCUCGUAUUUAAAUCCCGAGUUAAAUAUUAAGGUAUUCGAUAUUUUGAAACAGGUUCUGGAUACAUGACUCCGAGGUUUGAGCUUCACAUAUUUUGGAGAAGUGCUCUGUACUUAGUGGUAGAUGGAAUGUCAACGAAUGUACAUGGGAAAACGAAACAAAGUGUCCAGGGGUAUAAACUCAGAUAUUUUCAAGAUUGCUUCCCUGGAAUAGGAUACAACUGCCAUCAAUAGCCACCAGGUGUCUUCUGUGAAUGUAGAAUUUGACACUACAUUGAAAGUCUAUUACCAUCAGGAAACAGGUACGGCAGGGAAAAUAGACUUCCAAGACUCCUUAGAUAAGAAUACAACGGAGAAACUGAUAAAUGCUAUAGCCUCUCUGCACGUUGGAGAUAAUGCAGGAGAGAUUAGUAGAACAAUAAUGAGAUGUGUUAUGACCAACAAUUGCAUGAAGCAGUUUAAUGGAUCUCAUAUCACAACUGGAACUGGUCAGAAAUGAAAAAAUUGCCUUUAUUGGAACACCACUUUACCAAAUUAUCCUUUCUACUGCACGUAAAGCAUCGAAGAAAACUAUCUCGUUUGAGACAAUCAAACGAGAAGUUUUAGACGUCUCUCGGGUUUGUUCCAUAUCUUCCUGGAGGAACUAAUUAUGCUAAGAUAAAAGAUGGAAAGGAAUUCAAAUUAAAACGACGAAUCUCCAUCAGAUUCGGAAUAACAUCGAGUGAUUUUUCAAAAAUACAAACUUUAUUUGUAAAGAAAAGUGUUGUUUAUUUUGUUACAGUUCAGGUUUUCAUAUUCACAAUUUAUAUAAAACAUUUGUGAAAGGGUUUGAAAACAUUUAUCAGAAUUGUUUGAAGAAUGUCAUAUAUAAUAUUGUAAAACUGAAUUUUAAAUGCUUUCAAAAUGUUUCUAUAAAUGUUCUCAAGACAUUUCUUCUAAAUUUUAUCAAAUGGUUUCUUUGAAAUGUUCUCAAAACGUUUGUUUUAAAUGUUCUUAAAGUGUCUCUUAGAAAACUUUUUAUAAUGUUUCAUGAAAUGUUUUUAAAACAUUCUGCUAAAAUGUUAUCUACAAAAAAGUUUUAAACACGUUUCUGAGACCAUACAAAAUCACUUGAAUAAAACAUUUUGUACCAUGUUUUCCCAACAUUUUUUAUAUGUUAUUAAAGUAUUUUUAAAACACAUCUAAUAGUAUACUUUUUACCUGGAUGAUUGUGUAAGUUCGUAAAAUAAUAGUAUGUUGUUGUACAAGUCAUGUUUAUAGGACAGAAAAAGAGAAUAGUGAAUUAGUAAAUAAAUGUAAUCAUACACAAAAUGAUGUGGUUGAUGUAUCUUAGUAUUGAAUUACAUGCACAAUAUAUUUAUCAUUGAAAUAAGUAUGAUUUACUAUUAUUGAUUAUCAUACACUAUGAAUUAACCGUUAUUUAUGAACAAUUUUUUUCCGAAAAAAAUUAGAAUAAUUAAUUUGUCUUAAGACUUUUACAUUUUACUCCGUUCUAUUCAUAUACAGUAAAACACUUUUAUAGCGAAGUUCUUGGUUUGUUACAGACGUAAUACGUUAAUCAUUAUAUCUAAAAAGUUCAGGAUGUGGUCUAAAACUACACGGAAUAAAAUCACUUUGCUGCAAGUGUGAGUUCAUCAUAAGCGUGUUCGCUGUAACCUUGUUUUACUGUACGUGUGAGUUCAUUAUAAAUGUGUUUGCUGUAACCGUGCUUUACUGUAGUUAUGAAUUCAUUAUAUGUUUUACUGUAAAUGUGAAUUCAUAAUAAGCGUGUUCUCUGUAACCGUAUUUUACUGUAAGUGUGAGUUCAUUAUAAAUGUGUUUGCUGUAACGGUAUUUUACUGUAAGUGUAAGUUCAUUAUAAAUGUGUUCGCUGUAACUGUGUUUUACUGUAAAUGUGAGUUUAUUAUAAUUGUGUUCCUUGUAACCGUGUUUUACUGUAAGUGUGAGUAUAUUAUAAUUGUGGUUAGGGUUAGGGUUAGGGUUAUUAUAUUUAUUUAUUAUAAAAGUGUUCGCUGUAACCGUGCUUUACUGUAAGUGUGAGUUCAUUAUAAAUGUGUUUGCUGUAACAGUAUUUUACUGUAAGUGUAAGUUCAUUAUAAAUGUGUUCGCUGUAACUGUGUUUUACUGUAAAUGUGAGUUUAUUAUAAUUGUGUUCCUUGUAACCGUGUUUUACUGUAAGUGUGAGUAUAUUAUAAUUGUGUUCACUGUAACCGCGCUUUAUUAUACCGAGCGAAGCUCGGACGGGCCGAAGGCCCUAUCCGCGAAGCAAGGCUCUAAAGGUAACACGUAUGUAAAAGAAAAAAGUCAAAAUAAGCAAAAGAAAAAGAGAUAAUCUCUAUAUACGUUCACUGAAAUUUUCGUGAUCCAUAUGGGCGCCGCCAUUUAUUUUUUCAUUACCUGCUUCAACAGUUAUUCGUGUUUUAUUUUGAAUGCCAAUAAUAGAAGACUCUGACGUGCAAUUCGUAAUUUAAACACUCAGUUUGUUCAAAGUGAAUAGUAUAAUUAUCAUUGUAACAGGUUUUAGCAAAUAAUUACAUAUAAAACCGUAAUUCGACUUAAUAGAUGAACGAGUUCAUGAGUUUCUUUGAAUAAGUAUAUACGAUAAAAUUACGGUUACUUUUUUACCAUUUUGAAUUUAUUGGUUAAUUUUGUUUAGUUAUAUAACGGCCUUUUUCAUUGUAUACGGAAUGUAUUAUUGUUGUUUAUAAUUGUUUGCUUUGAAAAAGAGAAAAAAGUGGAGGCUAAAUGUGACGUCACAAUGCACAGUUUACGUCGCCUUGCGUUUUAUUUCCCGCGUUCAAUGAAUAGGUGGAUCCUGUAAAACUGUUGUCCCCAUAUAAACCCCUUUAAUAUUGAGAUGUUACUGGGUUUUAGCGCAAGGAAAAUUUCAUUAGAAACAUAUAUUUUUAAAUGAAUCAUAAUCUACCGUACUUAACGGAAUUAUGAUUACAGCUUGGGACACUCCAAUGACCAUUACAUGAUUCGCUCGGUCCAACGGUCACACCGUAUACAUAUUAAGUAUGAAUUCAUUAUGUGUUUUACUGUAUUUAUUAUAAGAUAUGUAUUGUUUAAUGAUCAACAUUAAUGGAAAGUGAAGAUAACGAACAGUGAUCAAUCUCAUAACUCCUAUAACCAAUACAAAAUAGAUAGUUGGGCAAACACGGACCCCUGGAUACAGUAGAGGUGGGAUCAGGUGCCUAGGAGGAGUAAGCAUCCCCUGUUGACCGGUCACACCCGCCGUGAGCCCUAUAUCCUGAUCAUGGAGACGAAGGUAUCCGUAGUCAAAAUUAAGGUGCCAAGAACGGCCUAACAACCGGUAUGAAACACGUCGGACAGCAUUUGGCCCAAUGAUAGGUUGUCUUGGCAAACUAGAUCGUUAAAAUGGCCCAUAACAUUUGCGAAAUGCUGACUAAACGAGACUGUUGAAACCCCUGCACCAUCUACUUGUUUGGCAGUAUCCUGUCUCGAUUAAAAAACUGCCUGUACGCAGAACAAGCUCUUGCGUCACGAAUCAGUUAUGAUAUAUGAACACCAUAUACAGGUGGUAAUGGAAUAUUGAUACAUAAAUGUAGGAAUUGACGAUGGAGAAGGUGAAAUAAUCUUGUUUGUCAUAAAGUUGGGUUGCUAGUUUGCCGUGUAUGUGACAUAACACUUCCCUUUAAGAUGUGAAAUGACACUUCCUGUUUUAGGAUGUUGUUUUCCAAUCCAUACAACUUUGGCUGAUGAAUAAUUGCUUGGUUAUUCAGAUACACAGGACCAAUAAUAUAGUUCUCUAGCCAUAAAUCUCGGCCAUAGGAAAUAAAUGUAGUGUCAUCAACAUAUAAUGAAUGUCUAUAUUUUCUUCCAUUGUUAUUUUUGCUUUCUUCAAUAAAAUCCAAAUUUCA